UUCGGUUGCACGGCGAGCUUUAUAGCAACCGUUGCCCUGAGCUGCAGCGCCAUAGUCACCGUAGUCCUGGCGACUGUAACCCACCAACAAUAACAACAACAACCUCCUCCUCUCCGCUCCAUCCUUACACCACCUUCCUACCAUCCUCAUCCUCACACUAGUCCAGGCGCCAUGCAGACCCCAGAGGCAGGCGCUGACUCCGCGUCCAAUGUGCCCCUCCAGACCAGCGUGCCUGUGCAGCCUGCGGUCAGCGCGCAGCAGGUGGCGUCUCAGGUACCCAUCCAGCAACAGGCGCAGACUGUUCAACAGGUCCAGCAUGUGUAUCAGGCACAGGUGCAGUAUGUUCAAGAGGAAAACAACAGCGUUUACACCAAUGGAACCAUACGGACAUAUUCUUACUCCGAGCCGCAGCUGUACAACCAGAACAGCGCUGGGAACUACUUCGACACGCAGGGCAGCUCGGCUCAGGUGAGCACCGUGGUAACAACACACAGCAUGUCCAACAACGGCAACGGGAACGGCGCUCUGGCCAUGGGGCUGUCAGGAGGUCAAAUCAUCAGCAGCUCUGGAGCUUAUCUGAUUGGAGGAAACUCCAUGGAUGGCUCCUCCCCUCACACUGCAGCUCAGAGCACCAGGGCCUCCCCCGCCACGAUUGAAAUGGCGAUUGAGACGCUUCAAAAGUCUGAAGGUUUGUCCAGUCAGAGGAGUUCGCUGCUCAACAGCCAUCUGCAAUGGUUACUGGACAACUAUGAGACAGCAGAGGGCGUCAGUCUGCCCCGCUCCACCCUCUACAAUCACUACCUACGCCACUGUCAAGAGCAGAAGCUCGACCCCGUCAAUGCUGCUUCCUUUGGGAAACUCAUCCGCUCCAUCUUCAUGGGACUGCGCACUCGCCGCUUGGGCACCCGAGGGAACUCCAAGUACCACUAUUAUGGGAUUCGUGUAAAGCCAGACUCCCCACUGAACCGCCUGCAGGAGGACAUGCAGUACAUGGCACUGAGACAGCAACCCGUCCAACAGAAGCAGAGAUUCAAGCCAGUGCAGAAGGUUGAUGGUGUGACAGGGGACAGCUUCUCCAGCAGUGGCCAGCACACACCCAGCGCUGCAGAGCAGAGCUUCAUUGCUCAGAGUCAGCAACAUCAGCAGUACCUUGAUGCCUCCAGGGCUCUGCCAGAGUUUGUUGAAAUUGACCUCGGAGAGCCUGUGGAGGGCAUCACCUCAGAGGAUUCCAAAGCCCUUCAGACGCUGUACAGAGAACAUUGCGAGGCUAUUUUGGACGUGGUGGUCAACCUUCAAUUCAAUCUCAUAGAGAAUUUGUGGCAGACUUUCUGGCGCUAUUCUCCCUCCAAUUCAAUAGAGGGCGUAACCAUUACAGAAAACAGUGGAAUAAGUGAAAUCGAGGGCCGUCUGCCGAGGGCCCAACUGAUCCUGCUCUGCCAGAAUGAGGCGGUCCUGAAGUGGAUGAAUGUCUGUGAUCACCUCAUGUAUCAGGCCCUUGUGGAAAUCCUUAUCCCUGAUGUUCUGAGACCUAUUCCUAGUGCCUUGACUCAAGCCAUCCGUAAUUUUGCCAAAAGCCUUGAGGGAUGGCUCACCAACGCCAUGAGCAGUAUUCCCCAGAGGAUGAUCCAAACCAAGGUUUCAGCUGUUAGUGCCUUCGCUCAGACCCUCCGUAGAUACACAUCUCUGAAUCAUCUUGCGCAGGCGGCUCGUGCCGUCUUGCAGAACACCUCCCAGAUAAACCAGAUGCUCAGCGACCUUAACCGUGUGGACUUCGCCAAUGUGCAGGAACAGGCAUCGUGGGUGUGUCAGUGUGAAGAGGGGGUCGUCCAGCGUCUAGAACAGGAUUUCAAAGCCACCCUUCAGCAGCAGGGCUCCUUGGAACAGUGGGCAGCUUGGCUGGAUAAUGUGGUCACUCAAGUUCUCAAACCAUACGAAGAUCAGCCCAGCCUCCCUAAAGCUGCACGGCAGUUCCUGCUCAAGUGGUCCUUCUAUAGCUCUAUGGUCAUCAGAGAUUUGACCCUCCGCAGCGCAGCCAGUUUUGGCUCUUUUCACCUGAUCCGUCUGCUGUAUGACGAAUACAUGUUCUACCUGGUGGAACACCGCGUCGCCCAGGCAACUGGAGAUACGGCCAUUGGAGUUAUGGGAGAGUUUCAAGACCUGAACAAUAUGUCGCCUGCCAACAUUGACAAAGACGAGAUCAGCGAGAUGGACAGUGACUUGGACGAGGAGCUCGAGGAAUCCGACGAGCCGCUCGCCAAGAGAGAGAAGGCCGAGACGGAGGUAAUCCAGGUGCUACAGCUGGGGGCGUUGGAAGACGGCAGCAGCGCGGUGGUGGGAGUGGUCCAGCCCAGCAUGCUGGGUUCUUUGCCCCAAACCGCUGGCAAUCACACAGAGCACAUCCUCAGCUCAACUGGAACCAGCACCAUCCGCCACUGCGGCAGUGUGGGAAACACAUACGCCUCGGUGUGAACGGCGUUUCUCACCUCUCCCUUCGCUUUCUGUCUCUCUCACUACAAUCUCUGUCUGUCUGCAGGACAUCCCUUCUCAUCCUUGGCAAGGAUUGUUUUAAAUUACAGAAACACAAUGUCGAUGCACAGCUGCUUCGGUCCGGCCCAUCUGAAGCCCUGUGGUGGGUCAACUGCAAAGUUCGACAGAACUAAACGAAGUGAAUCAACUUGAAGAUGUGAAGAGAUGCUGAUUGUAAUGUUUGAAGCCCUCGCGUUUAUAGGACCCAGAACUCAAAUCCAAGCCACUAGUUCCACAAGAGAAUUCUGAAAAAUACCAUUUGGCUUGUCAAUAUUGAUUACUUCUCUGUUUUGUACUGAUCAUUGUUUACAGUUUGUUUAGAUUACCUAAUUGGCCAAAUGUCGCUUGCUGUUGAAGUGUUUGCUGUUUGGUUAGAGUUAAAAAGUCUCGCUGUGUAACUGUGCUGCUAUGAUAGAAGCAGGCUAGACAAGCGUACCCAACAUAAUGAGCUCGCCUUUUAACCUUCUGUACUCUGGAGUCUGAGUGUUUCCAAUUGCCUUCUGUUUGUAGACUUCGCCGUUUGGUCGAUUCAAGAGGAAUUUUCUCAUUGUACAUAUAUGCUGCAUGUACAAACUGUGUCGUGGCUCUAGGAGAUUUUUACAGAUCGGACCAAAAAACACGAGUGAGAGACGACCGGCUGUCCUGGGCCUUUCUGAAGCUCUGUUGGCUCUCACACCGGUGCGAUAUUGCAGAACAGAGUGAAUGUCAGGGAUUUUAUGUACCUCGGGUUCAACGUAGUGCCUUAACCCAAACAACAGCUUUUUGUUUUAUCUAGACCGCUAAUGCGACAGUGAGGAGGUCGUUCGGUUUGGAUCGUUAACCACAUCGUCAGAGAAUAUUCAUAGUCCCGUCUAGACAUUUGGCUCUGGAGUUUAUCGCCGUGGACUGUGGCUGGAUUUGUGCUCUGAUAUACAGUAAGUGGUUAUUGCUGUGUGAUACUGAGCACUCGCGUGGAAACUCAGGAAGGAGGUUCUGCUUGUGCUGUAACACGUGUCUGUUGCUCCCUGUCCAGACCUGUUGUGUCGUUUGCCUUUGGAGUCUAGUGAAGGCAUGUGUGCAUUUGUCCAUAUGUGAGAGCUUGAAUUGAUUUGAACGUUGCUGGAGUGUUUGCCGUUUGAUUGUGUGUGUGUGUGUGUGUGUGUGUAAAUCGUGUCACCCUACCUCAUACUGGCGUCCAUGGUCUCCGUCAGAGCGAGUCCAGACGUCUACAAUUGUGUUUGAUCCUUGCUGGCCCACAUGUUGUCACGAUUUGAAAUUCAUAUCUGCUGAUCCCCCUACAAAAAAAGUGAAUAUUUGUAUUGUGGACCAAAAGUUGAUACGCUACCAUAGAAAUAUCUAUAUAUAGGUAUAGAAAUAUAUGAUUACAUGAAUCAUACGGUUUGUUUUUAACCUGCAUGUAUAGCUUAUGGUCAAGGGUGGUGUUUUGUUUGGUGAUAGGUUGUUGUUUGUUUAGUUUUGUUUGCUUUUUAAUGACUGUGAAAUGGAAAGGAGGAUGUUAACCUGAUGGUCGUGAUGCUGGGCUAGACACUCCAUUUCUCUUAAGUGCUGGAUUGAAGAAAACGGCAUCCAUUAGUGUGUAUGUUAUUGAUGAGGUCAGCUGCAGCGUUCGGACUGACUGUUUGUACUUGACCUCAAAUCGAUUGCUGUCCUAUAAUGAAAAACACUGGAAAAUUGCAGUUGAACUGGAAGCGUUAUUUUCUUGACUACUGACGUUUAAAACUUGAUUCGUUUAUUUUGUUAUUGUGCACGGAGGCUGUUAGAUUUAUGCACCUGUAUUAUGAAUCUUGUUUUUACUGUGAGGGAAAUCAUUCACAGAGAUGAAUAUGUCUGCUGUAAUAUCUCUAUUAAUGGUAUGAUAGGGAUCCAACAUUUUCUUUAAAGGAAAACUCGUUGCCGUUUUGUUCGAAAAAUCAUCUAAGUUACUGAUAAUCAUGAGAUUGAUUAUAUUUUUGUGCAAUGUGUGGAACAUACUGCAACGUCACCUUCUCAACAGUAAUGACCAGUUACUAAAGAUUUCCUGCCGUGAAGGAACUGCAACUUGUUUCUGAGAUUUUGUGAUUUACCUGUAAUUGUUUCGGUAUCAUUUGAGGUGGUUUUCUUAACAAAACAACAUUUGAUUUCUACUUUCUUGGCUUUCUUUGUCUUUUGGUGCCUGGAGCACACAGCUCUUCACUGUUGGAUAGUUUCUUAGAUGUCUUGAUCUUGUGUGAUGACACUUAAAGUGCUCUUGGUCUUGCAUGCGCCUUUUCUUGUGCUGCUACAAUGUUAUAAGUUGCUUCUCUGUACUUUUUUGUUUCCUUUUUUUUGUUUUUUAACGGUGUGUUUAGAACAGUUUUUUUAUUUCAAAUAACAUGCCUGUUUCUACUCGAACUUUGCCAAAAUACAGAUUAAGAUUCACAUUUUGAAAAGUCUUGGUACAUCACAUAGGGACACCUGUACUUGUUGUUUGUACCAAGUCGCGGAAUUUGGCUCGGCCACCUCCGAAAUUGAAAUCCUGGUUGAACAUUUGCAACUCUGGACAUCACUGCAGGCUUUCCAAGUAAAUGACAGAUAUGAACAACAUAUCAACCCCCUGAGUUAACGCAGCCGGGCGAAAGGGCAGCUUCAUGGAUGAGAGAAUACAGUGCCUUUAAUUUCAGACCUCCAGAACCAGUACAAGCCAACAAACAGACGGACCUUCAGCGCACGUCUCCCGGCCCGCCACACUCACCUAUGACACAUAUGCACAUACCAGUUUAAAGGCACCCAAACUUCACCUGCUGGUGACGUGAACUGUACGAGCUGCACUAUCAUUGUCAUCAAGACGUUCUUUCCUUUCUAUUGUACGCAGAGUGAAACGCUUGUUUUUUUCUCUUUUUUUUAUUUUGAGGAAUAUUUUAAGUGCCAUGUGACUGUUUACGUAGUGAGUCAUGGCCUGCUGUAGCGCGUUCAAGCACAAGCAUCGUGAUACUCUGAGAAAACAUGUCCUACGUGUAAAUAACGAGAAAAUGGAAGGAUAUUUAUUUACAGUCCCUUACUUUUCAGCGGUUUAAUGCGAAUAUGUUUGAAAGUGUAAAUUGUGAUUUUUAUUUUAUUUUUAUUCUUUCCCCUCUCUAUGGAUUUGGAUGAUGUACCUUACAUAUACAGUAGGCUACAUAUGUGUUUUUUUCUUUUCUGUGUGUUGUUUCAAUUGACCUCUUAGUAAAUUAUAUCCUCUGAGAAUUGGUAAAAGCUAACUAAUAAGUGUAGAGUGAUUUGUAUUGUGUAUUUUACAUGAAGGAUAACAAAACUGGGGAACUUUUAUAUUUAUAAAAUGAUAUAUUAACAUUUUAGUGUGUCAAUAUGAGGAAAAUAUAGGAAUUAUCCAAGACACAUGUAGUUUGUUUUUUCUGAAUAUUUCAGACUUCAGCUCAGGCUAGCUUAUUAGUGUUGUUUCUUAAAUUUGUGGCUUGUCUUUCAAUUAAUAAACAUUUUCUUGUUGAAA